GGAAGGUUUUAUUUUCGAUCGUUCAAUUGUAUUUAUUAUUCUAAUUCAUUUGGAAAAGUGUGAAAUUUACCCAUGUUUUUGACUUUACUUUAGCAAGAUUUUCAAUUGGAAUGUAUUCUACUAUGAAUGAAUUUGAACGUUAACAAGCGCGUACAAUGCCUGGAGCAACUGUUGCCAAUUCAAUAACUGAAGUAUGGCAAAAAAAUUUGGAAGAAGAGUUUACAAAGUUGAGGGAGAUAGUCUUAGACUAUCAAUAUAUUGCCAUGGAUACUGAAUUUCCUGGUGUUGUUGCAAGACCAAUUGGGGAAUUUAAAAGUACUUCAGACUAUCAAUAUCAACUGUUAAGAUGCAAUGUAGAUUUAUUAAAAAUUAUUCAGUUGGGGUUAACAUUCCACGAUGCCAAUGGUAAUCAGCCUCCAAAUGGUGGCACUUGGCAAUUCAACUUCAAGUUCAACUUAACGGAAGAUAUGUAUGCACAGGAGUCAAUCGAUCUUCUUGAUCGAUCCGGGAUAAAGUUUAAAGAACAUGAAGAACAGGGUAUAGAUGUGGAAGAUUUUGCAGAAUUAUUAAUAACAUCCGGAAUUGUCUUAUGUGAAGAUAUCUCCUGGCUAUCCUUUCACAGUGGUUACGAUUUUGGAUAUUUGCUCAAAGUUUUGAACAACAUCAACCUACCAGCUGAAGAAGGAGAAUUUUUUGAUUUGCUAAAAAUCUUCUUUCCACGAAUAUAUGACGUAAAGUAUUUAAUGAAAAGCUGCAAGAAUCUUAAAGGUGGUCUUCAAGAAGUCUCCGAAUUAUUGGAGUUGUUCUUCGAAGACAAGAUUGAUGAUGCAAAAUACUGUGGUCAUUUAUACGGACUUGGAACAUCUUAUGCUAAUAAUGGUGGACAGGCGUACAGUGGACCGAACCUACAAGCUUCUUGAAAUUAUAGACGGAAAUCUUUUCAUUAGUUUUUAACUUUUACCUUGGCUCAUUUGUCAACGACGAACUCUUUUAUUUUGAAUAAUUAAUGCUUACUGCAUUAUCAACAUUAUAAAACACAUCACUGAUUUUUUUAUCAUUAUUUUUUAAUUAUAAUUAUACAUAUUCUAGCUAUUCAACUUUCUCCGAGAGGACUCUGCGUUUAUUAAAAUUCCCAUGCAUGCAUCUUCCAGUCCUUGAAUGUUGAGAAUUAAAAUUUAAAAAUGA